GUGCGGGCUCCAGUAUUACGGCUCGAGUCCUCUUGGUGACGCUCUGCUGACAUCACUCUGCUAUUCCCCACUCAGCUCUCCGCAUCACACACACACACAGGGAGCUGCACCGACUCUCUCUCACACACUCCUCCGUCCACACUUUGUUUCUAGAUCGCUCCGAAGACGCACUACAGCACCACGCGCACACUCACACUCACACACAGAGACGCACGAGCAGCCGCGGGCUACCUGUGCCACUGCGGCCGGCCCACACGGGGAGGGGUUUCACUCUUCCUGUCAUUAACACACUGAGAGGAAGACACUGAGAGGAAGAGAGACAGAAACUAAACCCAGUCCAGGUCUGAGAGAGAGAGGGACGCACACACACACAUACACAGACGCGCGCGCACUGAGGAGGGUAACAGAAGCCGUAUGUAACUUGGCUGCUUUUAACGCACGCGGUCUGAAGUGGGUCUCGAAGUUUCUGCUCGGAGAAGGAAUACUUUGGAGCCCGGUGUCCCCCCACGCAGCGCGCUUGAGGAUAUUUACGUCCACCUUGUCUCCUGUUUGGAAGAAUGGCGAGAGAUUACGGAGCCCGCUGCCCGCUCUCUCCGGUGAGGAAGACUUGGCUGGUGGCGGCAGUGAUCCUCCUCACAGCUCAAGGUAUCGGGUCUCAGAAGGUGCGAGUGGAGGAGGAGCUGGAGGCGUAUCCUACAGAGUCUGUCGAUCUCCGCUGCCAAUUCAUCGAUGGAGGAGGCCGAACCAAACUCACACAGGUGUCUUGGAUAUGGGAGCCUGUCGAUGGUCAAAGGGACAACAUUGCUGUAUAUCACCCCAUCUAUGGACAGAGUUUCCCUAACCCGUCCUUUAAAGACAGAGUCAUCUUCCUCCAGAACACACUGGAGAACCCAUCCAUCAGGAUUUCUAACCUAAAAAUGACUGAUGCUGGCCGCUAUACCUGCGAGUACGCCACCUACCCCACCGGAAACGAACAAGGGACGACCACCCUCGUCAUGCUUGCCAAGCCCAAGAACUCGGCCAAAGUUGUGACGGUCCAAGCCGGCCCGAAGUCCGUGGUGGUGGCCCGGUGUGAGGCAGCAGACGGCAAACCAGCAGCCACCAUCAAAUGGUUGCCGUCAGUCGGAGGGAACCAUUCAACCAGCACAACUAACGGGCCUGAUGGUACAGUGACGGUACGCAGUGAGUACCGUCUGGUUCCAACACCUGCAGACAACGGCAGAGAUCUGACGUGCAUGGUGGAGCAGAGGACGCAGGAGCAGGCGUGGGUCAACACCGUCAAGCUGUCCGUGGAAUAUCCCCCGUCUGUUUCUAUCGAGGGCUACGAUCACAACUGGUACGUCGGCCGCUCAGACGCCACGCUCCUCUGCAUGGCCAGCGCCAACCCCGAGCCCACUACCGUCACCUGGACCGCGGCGUCUGGUCCUCUGCCCGACACAGUGAUGGUGGAUGGCAACAAGUUGAUGGUGAGGAAGGUGGACGACGCCGUCAACACCACGUUCAUCUGCGAGGCGAAGAACAAACACGGGGCCAGCAGACACCAGAUCACCACCAUCGUCAUCGAGGAAGAGAGGCAAAUCACUCCGGGCCCUUCGACAGGUGCCAUCAUCGGAGGCAUCCUCGGCGCCCUCGCUGUCCUCGGCAUCAUCGGCGGUACCAUCUACUUCAUCCGCAAGCACCAAGAGGAUGCAGAUGGUCCCCCCAAGCACAAGCCCCCUCCCCCUGUGAAGGCCGGCAGCUCAACAGAGAUGCUGAACAAGCCAUCAGAGCCUCCCACAGCCACAGAGACGGCCCCUCUCAGCCCAGGAGAGGUUUACUACGAGCCCACAGGGGGAGAGCCUGUCACGAACCUGGAUGACGAGUCCACCGGCGCCCUGAAUGGCGGCGCCCCCCCGGUUCUGAAUGACCCAGCCAAAUAUGACAACGUCAACGAACUCAAAGACCACACCGCUGACGGUCUCCACGCCAACGAUUUGGAUUCAUCCAACCGCGAGACACCAGCUGCUAACAUUGCUCGCGGCGAGAGCUUUGUUUCUCCCGCCAUGUAUGUGUAGCCACAGCACACCAUCACACACACAGGGCGUGUAUGGGCAAGUUCCAGGUCACCUAAAUUUGCAUGGAAAGCCAAGGCAAACAUGUUUCCACAAUAAAGUCCCUUCUGUUUUCUUUUUUAUUAUUUCAUCCACAUAUUCGAGGGUAUUGUUUCAGGGUGUGUUUUUCUUUCCAAGGCACAUUAAGAGGGUGUAAUUGGGUUAUAAUGGUUUUAAAUUCCCCAUUAAAGGAAGGUUUUUAUGCAUUUUCUAAUUUCAUUUUCUGGUGUAUGGACUUUUAGCUUCUAGGGAAACAUAAUCUUGCAAGUGUCACACAGAUUUUUAACCAUCAGUAUACUGAAAACAUCUGUUAUAAAGGGAAAAAAGGGAAAAAGAAAACAUAUCUAAGUUUAUGAGGCACUUUGAGAUGCAAACACUGAGAAGUUUGUGACAUCUGAUGAGCCAAAUAGCCAUUGAAAUCAUAUAGUCAUGCAUAUGAUGAGGCGGGCUUUUACAGCAUGUUAAUUUCAUGGUUGAGAGGAGUUACAAUGUAGGUAAACCGAAACACUUCUCUCAGCUUAUGAACACAAUACUCAGCCUGUGUGACACUUGCAAACCAAAAUUUCCAUCAAAAAACAGGAAGAAAAAAGCAUUUUAAUGGAUUCAGUUUGUUGUAUUAUAUGCAGUGUUUUUGUGCCAUGAACAUAUAACAUCCCCAUUGCAAAAAUGAGUGUUUCAUGUGAGGCUGCCAGUCCUGGGAUCUCUUCUUCACAGCCGUGGAACGUGAUUUGAAAUUUUUUUUUGUUCCUCUCUAAGUUAAAAUGAAACAUCAGGCUCCUGUUGCUGCAUUAGACUACAGAGGAAGUAAAAUAUUCCAUCUUUGGAUUCCUUUCAAAGUACUCCUCUUCCACGGUUGGUGGGUUUUUGAAUUACGUACAGCUGAAUUUGGUCCCAGGAAGUCCAAAGCCCAGUCAUCUGGCUCUCUCCAGCAGCUCCAAUUAAUCACUGGAGAUGUUUGAAAGUAUUUUAGUUAUUUAUCGACUCCAGCCUUUCCCACUCUUGCCCAGGCGGCGGUCCAAAAAGGAAACAUUCCACUUUAUUAUGUUGUCAAAGGGGCCUCAUCUGUCCCUUCGUACCACGGCUUCUGUUGGAGCGCCGGGCUGCUCAUUAGCACUAACGAAGGGGGGAAGUGACAUCGUUUUGAAGCUCCGUAACCUGGCAACAUUAUAUAAUUUACAGCUCGUGAUUCAUAUUUGCUGUUUGUAAUUGCAGGAGUUGGUAAGGCUGCAAAACGGGGGGGAUGAGAGUGGGUUUACAACACAGAACACACACACUGAUACGUUCUUACAUGUGCACACACACACACACACACACACACUAAAAACACCAAUGUUAGUAUUCAGUCCUCCUAUUACGCUUCACACUAUUACAACGUAGAAACAUAAUAAGAAUGUAUUUUCAGGUGUGUGAAAAUGAUCAGCAUAUAUUAGAGAAUACUGCCAUUACAGCCAUUUUACAGAUUAAAAUGGUCACACUCUGAUAUAUGCAGAACAUUUGUGGAAAUGCAUUUUGAAUUUUACCUGAUUGUCCACUUAUUCGCAAAAAAAAAAAGGAACAAAGCGACACCUGGCUGAAUCGAAAAGCGCUUUUCCCAGAUGUCAGAUGGUACCAAAUGUUGAACAAACUGUAAAUAGUAUUGAUAAUAUUGAUGAAUAAUAUAUUGUUGGUGCAAUGUGUACACAUAAAAAAAAUAAACAAGUGUAGGUGUUAUCAGUGCCUCUGUACAGGGGAUGGAAGUUUGUUAAAUGUCAAUAUGAGCGAUGAAAAAAAAACAUGUAUAUUACUAUUUUACUUUUCACGGGUACAUUGAGGUCGUCACUUAAUACUGAAAUGUUUUAUUUGAAUAUAUAUGAAAAACAUGAAAUGGUGUGGAUUUUACUCCUUGUUCAUAUAACUCUGCAUGGCAUGAUCGGUGGCUUGUUGAAACACUUUCCCAAGGCUGUAUGAGGAAUACUCUUUUUCAUUUAUAAAAACAGUUUUGAAUGUCAAAAAGGAA